GGAUCGUAAGUUCAGUCUGCGACUAGGCAGCGCGCCUUCUACGUCGCGUUCGCGCUUUAACGAACGUUUUUACUUCCUUAAUCCUAAAUCCUUAACAAUAAUAAUCCAAAUCUUUUUAAUUAAAUCAUCUUCUUUAUUUGAUAUUUCAUUAAAACGAUUAAUAUUGUUUAAAUCGAUAUAAAACGAAUGAUUAUUAACGUGAUAAUAAAUCUUGGAACAUUUAAGUUUACUUAUGGUGAUUCUAUCUACUAUUAUUACUACUAUAUUAAGUAGUUAUCUAUAUUCGUGGUGAAACGGGGUGGCGAGGGUGGGGGAGGGGGGAAAGGUAGAUAGAUAGUCAACAAGUAUUAUCAUACAACAAGAGAUUUCUUCAGAUAUAGAGACGUCUUUUCCGAAGAUGGGGAGAUCUGAACGCAAGAAGAGUCAUCAACAUGAUCCAUUCUUAUAUAUCGUAUCGUAUAUAUCGAAAAGGAGAACCUGAAGCAAGCGAAUGUGCGAACUGGGGUAUCUUUCACCCUGCGGGACGGCAAUAGGAAGACCCGUCGUCGUCCCUGGAGUCUCUUUCGUCGGUUCUCCUACGCUCUCAUGAGAGGCCCUACUACCGUUGGAAAACAUGAAGACCGAUCGUCCGACGAUGAUUCUCAGCUUCUGCAUUCUCCUAUUACUGCUAAAACCCGACGUCUGUUCCCUGAUAAUACGAUCAUGCAAUCAAUCGUUAGGAAUGGAAUCUGGUGCUAUUCCAGAUUCCUCGAUCACAGCGUCAUCGUCGUACGUAACUAAUGUUGGUCCACGUAAUGGAAGACUGCGAAAGGAGACGGCGGGUGGCGCAUGGUGUCCAAGGAGUCAAAUAGAAAGAGGUAUUCGCGAAUGGUUGCAAGUGGAUCUUCCUGGAGCUCACGUUAUAACAGGAGUGCAAACCCAAGGUCGUUACGAUCAUGGCCGUGGUCAGGAAUACGUUGAGGAGUAUACUCUCGAGUAUCGACGACCAACAUUUUCCGAAUGGCGUCGUUAUAAACGUUCAAAUAACCAAGAGGUUUUCCCUGGCAAUAGCGAUACGUCGACGGUGAUCUCCCAUAAUCUUGUACCACCAAUAUUCGCCAAUCAAAUACGUAUCCUUCCACAUUCGGUCCACAGACGUACUGUUUGCCUUCGUAUCGAACUCAGAGGUUGUCAAGAUACCAAUGGCAUAGCGAGUUAUACUAUACCAGAAUCACCGAUGGUAGAAUUCAGUGACACUUCGUACGACGGUAAAAGGCAGUACAACUCGUUGACCGAUGGUUUGGGCCGACUGAUAGAUGGCGAGGUCGGCGCAGAUAAUUACAGGCUGGACAUGGGAGAUGGAAGAGGAACCGGUUGGAUAGCUUGGAUGCGCGAUACGUUCGCUACCGAUUUCGUAGAAAUUGUCUUAGAAUUUGAGAAUUAUUGGAUAUUCGAAACUGUUAACAUUUACACGAACAAUUAUUUUUCCCGUGACGUUCAGUAUAUCGAGUUGCAGGUUUUUUCGAGGGCUAAUAUUUGGUUCAGUCAAGAUGGCGAAUAUUACGAGGACGAACCAAUCGCUUAUUCUUACAUACCAGAUAUCGUAUUGGAAAAUGCACGAAACGUUACCAUUGGACUUCGCGGCCGGCAAGGAAAAUUUCUUAAAUUUCAUCUAUAUUUCGCAGCACGUUGGAUUAUGAUCGGCGAGAUUAUGUUCGACAAAUCUAAUCCAUACGAAAACGUAACGGAGGAGACAACUUUGAUGAUGGAAGAUGGCGAAACUCCGGUCAGUCCAAAUGCAGAUCUCAAUCUCAAUCUGCAAACAGUCACAGCACCGAGCGAGGAACAGGAAUAUUUGGAGGUAUUGAUAGGCGUCCUCACCGCUAUUAUACUUCUUCUACUCAUGGUCUUUGUUGUCAUUUUGCUAUUGAAUCGACGACAAAAACUUCAAAGUUCACCGACCGUACUUAAAAAUCCAUUUGGAUUCACGAUCAAUAUGAAGGGACUACUUCUAAAUUUAACGCCCGGUGGUAUGUUGAAUGACAGCGGUAAUCAUGCAUCGGUUGACGCGCCCGAAGACGUCAGCGUUCAUGAAUCAUUAACUAUGGAACAAUUUGAUUCCCCAUUGGUUAGUCCGCAAUGUAAAUCGACUUAUGCGAUCGUAGCCAAUUCCGAACCACCGAAAGAUUCAAAUGACAAUUCAACGAUCUCCGAAGAAAACGUACGAUUGAACAGUCGAGCAGAUUCCAUAUUGGAACCACCAAGUUGUUCCUCAUCGCCAACCGAAUCAAUCUCUCGUCAUAUGCAUCAUUACAGAACAUUACAAAGUUACAGCAGUAACAGCAAUAAACUUAAUAUGACAACAACAACGACAACGACAACGACGACGACGACAACAGGAACCAACGCCAUCAUUACUGCAACAACUACAACAACAACAACGACUACAACGACGACAACAACGACAGCAAGUUAUCGUCGAGAUAUGGAUCGUGGUCAUUCAAAACGUUGGCACACAGCACCAAAAGAAAAAUCUGUUGCAUUACAACAUAACAAUGUUCCGUCAAUUAACAAGAUACCCGCACCCGUCGUCACUUGGAACAUAGCUCCUAGCAUGAACAAGCCAUACAAAUGCAAAGAGAUCGAACCAACCGGUGUACCCCGGCUUUGCUUGAGAACCACGGAAAAACUUGGCUCAAGCACUAUCGGAGAAGCUAUCGUCUGUGAGACCGUAGACCUCGACGAUGUUAUACCAAGUGCUCCAAGAUUGGUCGUGGCCCGUGUACCAACUUGUAUCAACGACAUUCGAACUGGGCACAUAAGCAACAACGCUGGAGGGAUCGGCAUGCCCGGUACGAACGAUCAAAUGAGAGAAGUGAGGUUUCUAUCUGGAUUGUCCGAUCCGAAUGUGGCAAGGAUCUUGGGUGUCUGUGCAGCUGAGCCAGCUCCAUGGACAAUCAUCGAGUACACCGAACUCGGUGAUCUUGCCCAUUAUCUUCAGUAUAGCGUACCGCUUACAGGAACUUUAAGACCGACCUGCAAUCUAAAGACCCUGAGUCAAAACUGUCUCCUCUAUAUGGGUACGCAAAUAGCUUCGGGUAUGAGGUAUCUUGAAUCAAAGAAUCUGGUACAUAAGGAUCUUGCUGCCAGAAAUUGCUUGGUUGGUCGAUCAUAUGCCGUGAAAGUUACGGAUAUCGCAAUGUGCAGCGAUCUUUAUAAGAAGGAUUACAGCGACAUUGGUGGUAGACCACCAGCACCGAUCAGAUGGUUACCAUGGGAAAGCAUUCUCUUGGAUAGGUAUACAUGUGCAAGUAGUACAUGGUCAUUCGCAGUAACACUUUGGGAAGUGAUGAGUUUAGCCAGAGAAAAACCAUUCCAACAUCUCACCAAUGAUCAAGUUAUUAGAAAUGCCGAACAUAUGUAUUACGGGGAGGAAUCACAAGUAUUCCUACCGAAGCCAACAAUGUGUCCAGAUGACGUUUAUAAAAUGAUGUGUUCCUGUUGGAGAAGGGACGAAGAAGCAAGACCAUCUUUCAAAGACAUCUAUUCUUUCUUAAAGAACACGAUCGCGGAUUAUCGACCAGGCACAUAACAUCGAUAAAUAUUGAACGAAUUUUUGUUUCACGUUUCGAAUAACAACGUUAUCGGAUGGGCUAUGAGUAAUCUGAAACGGUAUUCGCGUAUCAUUUGAGCUUCGGCAUUCUCCUAUUAAGUGAAAAUCUUUGAAAACUAAUACUAUCCCAAUACAGAGGACAAUUCCGUUUGAGUGUACGAAUCUGAACAACUUUCUAAGAUCGUUUAACGACGAGAGCCGAUAAACGGAAAGCUAUUUGCGUUAUAAGAUGUCCCUAUCUAAACGCAUUAUUAUAAUCUUUAGUACGUUCUAGAGAUCCGUAAACUUCCGUAAACGCUAAUUAAAGAUUUCUUUGCUCCUGCUGAUUGGAUUUACGAACAAUUAGCUACACGUUUUGCGUGAACACGAUAACGUGUCAAAUAAGAGAGAGACUGCCAGAGUAUGCGUGCGCGUCUGUAUGUGUGUCUGUAUGUAUGUGUGUGUGUGUGCGUGUGCGCGUGUGCGCGUGGGUGCGUGUGUGUAUGUGUGUGCGCGCGUGUCUGUACAUCGGACGAAAGAAAAAGAAAAAAAAAAGAAAAAAAAAGAAAAAAAAAGAAAAAAAAGAAAAGCAUAUAUCGGACAAACUUACGUAUUUUUCCUACGAGGGACACAGAUUUUUUUUCUUUUUCCUUUUCUUUUCUUUCUUUUUUUGUUUUGUCCUUUUUUUCUCUUUUUUUUCUUUUUUUUUGUUUUUCUUCGAAAAAUCUUGUUCGCGACCUGACGCAAUACCCUGGCGGCAAACGAUUUCUCUUGUGAGAGAUUCUAUCGAUUAAAGAAAAGAAAAAAAAAAAAAAAAGAAAAAGGAAAAAAGGAAAAAAAAAAGAAAGAAAGAAAAAAAAAUAGGAAAAAAAAGAACAAAAAGGAAAAAAAAAGAAAAAGGAAAAAAAACACUUCCGUCGAAUCAUUUCCCUCGUUGUAAAGAUCGGUUGAUGUGUGACACAUUUAAGGGUAUACGUUUUAACGUGACAAAGAAAUCGAUCGUGUACUCCUUCACGGUCAUGACAUUCCGAAAUUUUAUGACCCUUUUGUCGUCGCGAAAACUUAGAUGUCACGUUACCGUGACAUUGAACUCGUUGUCACGCUACGUCAUUGUCACGAAAUCAUACGGAUAUUUGAUUUUUAACUAAAAUGUCGUGCCGUUGAAUCGCGUGAAAAUAACAAGGGUUAGCGAAUAAGGGCUAGGGAUAGGAGGGGUAGGGAGAUAAGGAUAAGGACAAAGAAAGAAAUGUCACUAUGUGUCGUACAAUGUCACGACAAACAAUAUCCAUGUACUACUUUUAUCGUCACGUAAAGGCGUAUCCAUCUUGAAUCUAAAAUUUGUAGGAAAAGGAGAAAAAAUCGAAUGUUUCAUGUAAUUGAUUAUAACAAUUUACAUGAAAUCGUUGAAUUUAUUUAUUACUUUAUACGAUUGAACGAUAAAUGUUAUUAAUUUUGUCCUAACGACCGAUCAAAAAUGCAAUCAAUCGAAGCGUCCUAACGCGAAUUCAUAUAUAUUUUUCCUUUUUACGAGUAAAAAUUCGUUGUGUACGCUGUACAGUAUUGUGAAAACGAUAAUGUGUAAUAAUAUGCACGGCAUUACGAUACGAAUAAGUCUAUCCACUGUACAUACAACAAUAACAAUAACGAUAACGAUGAUAAUAACAGCAACAACAAAAGCAACAACAAAAACAAUAACAACAAACAUAAUACAAAUGAAUAUCUAUUGAAAUCCGUGAAGGUUUUUAACGGUGCUCUUACGCUUGUUAGUCGAUGAUUGUUUCGGUUAAAUAAUAAUAAGCGAGGAAAGCGCGCCUGAGUGAUAUGAAAUAAUCAUUAAUUUCAUCAUUUAUAAUCUAAUCAUCACCGAGUAUUACGAGCGUUUUUAACGAGAAAACAUUUUGCGCAAAAUAGAAAUUUUGUAAAUCGUCAAAAAUCUCGCGAUCGAUUAAUUAACAGCGCAUCCAUCCUAUUUUCAAUCGAAGAGAAAAAAAAAGAAAAAAGAAAAUUAUGUCUCUCUCUCUUUCUCUCUCUCACUCUCUCUCACUCUCUCUCUCUCUCUCUCUCUUUCUCUCUCUCUCUUUCUCUCUCUCUCUUUCUCCGAUAAAGUUAUCGUUCGUAUUUGAUUGCUACAAUUAUUUCUUUCAACAAACAAAAUCCGAUGAUCGAUAAGACAAAGACGUCAAUAUGAAAUCUUAUUCUAUCUAACUGAAACAAUUUUUUCGACACUUUUUAGUAUCGUAAACAUGUUUUUCGACUUGGAAACGUAGCAACAAGUACUUAUUAUUAUUAUUAUUAUUAUUAUUAUUAUUAUUAUUAGUAUUAUUAUAAUUAUAAUUAUAAUUAUACUACUAUUAUUAUUAUUAUUAUUAUUAUUAUUAUUAUUAUUAUUAUUAUUAUAUCACGUAUAUUUAUCGAGGAAGAAAAUUUUACGAGCGUGUAAGUUGAAAAGCGAGGAGUAUGCUGAUAAGAAAAAAAAAAAAAAGAAAAAAAAAACGCUAUGCCUUUAUGUAAAUCCACUAUCCUCUUUCUUCUUCUUCUUCUACAUCUUCUACAUCUUCUUCUUCUUCUUCUUCUUCUUCUUCUUCUUCUACUGUAACGUUUUCUUCUAUCAUUUCAUUUACACUUGAAAACACACAGUGAAAGAAAGCAAUGACAAUUAUUAUACUUUAAGUGAUAUUAAUAAAAAAUGUAGAUUAAGCCA